AAGCCUCCAUCGUUAAUGGGUCCUCCAUUUCCCUGAAAACAGAUCUCUCCGUAUCUCUCUCUCUGUCCCCUUCGCUUGCUGCUUCUGUUGCUUCUCUCUAUUCAUCCUCUAGGGUUUCGUUCCGCCUUCAGGAGCUAGCGAAGCUAGAACUCGAUCGAAGCUGUGGUCGGAACUUGAGGUGGGUCGGUUUGGUUUGUUCAGUCGAUCGGGAGUUGAGAUAUAUAAUUCUUGUAAUGGCUGGGAUUUGCUGCGGCGUGGUCGGGGAGAGCGAGCCGUCGGCUCCCGUGGAGCCCAGCUCCCGGGGCUCGAGGCUGCGGAUCCUGGAGCCUCGACCGUUCAAGUUCGUCGCCGACGUGGCCGUGCCGCCGCCUUCCUUGGAGAGCGGCCGCAAGAGGCCGAGGAUCGAGGUGUUGCUCGACGAGGAAGUGGAGGCCCGCGAGCCGCGGAAGGCCAGGGUGGAAGAGGAGAAAGGGAAAGGCGCGAGCGAGAUCAAGGUCGCGAGGGCGGACGGGUCGUCGAAUUCGAGGGAGAACCUGCAAGUCGAGCCGCGGGAGUGCCCGAAGUUCGGGUUGACUUCGGUCUGUGGCCGGAGAAGGGACAUGGAAGACGCCGUUUCCGUCGAACCUUCGUUAUGCAGCGAAAGUCCGCAGAAACCUAAGGGUUUGCACCUUUUCGGCGUCUUCGACGGCCACGGUUGCUCUCAUGUUGCUAUCAAGUGUAAGAAGAGGCUGCACGAGAUAGUGAGGGAGGAGAUCGGAAACUACAACAAGGAGUCCUCGGUGCAGUGGAAAGAGGCGAUGGAGCGAAGCUUCGCCAGGAUGGACAGCGAGGUGCAGGAGUGGAGCGACGUGGCCAAGACCUCGAACUGCCGGUGCGAGCUCCAGACUCCGCAGUGCGACGCCGUCGGAUCGACGGCCGUCGUUGCGAUCGUCACGCCGGACAAGAUCAUCGUCUCCAACUGCGGCGAUUCGCGCGCCGUCCUCUGCCGCAACGGCGUCGCCAUACCCCUCUCGUCCGAUCACAAGCCGGAUCGACCGGACGAGCUGGAGCGGAUCCAAAACGCCGGCGGCCGGGUGAUCUACUGGGACGGCGCGCGCGUCCUCGGAGUCCUUGCCAUGUCGCGGGCCAUCGGUGACAACUACUUGAAACCGUACGUCGUACCCGACCCAGAGGUGACGAUAAUGGACCGGACGACCGAGGACGAGUGCCUGAUCCUGGCCAGCGACGGGCUCUGGGACGUGGUCUCCAACGACACGGCCUGCGGGGUGGCCCGGAUGUGCCUGCGGGCGCAGAGGCCGCCCUCCCCGCCGCGGUCGCCCAUCUCCGACCUGGCGGUGGGCGCCAACGCGGAGAGCUCGGACAAGGCCUGCUCCGACGCCUCGAUACUGCUGACGAAGUUGGCGCUGGCGAGGCACAGCACGGACAACGUGAGCGUCGUGGUGGUCGAUCUGAAGAGAGACCGACGACAACAAUAGUCGAGCGCCGCUCCUUUGCCCAUUUUGCUUUAAUAAUUAGCCCCGUAUUGAUAUUUUACUACAGCUUGUAGAUGGACCGUGGAGUGACCCGAAGAAAAUGGCGGAGGCUCUCUAAAGAGGAGGAGGAGAGAGAUUUCAAGUUCUUCCGAACUGUAACUAAAGCUCUUAAAAGUAGGAUUGUAAUUGUUUUUCACAUCAGGCGAAUGACAAAAUGGCAAUUUACCCGAGUGAAAUCCUUAAUUAAAGUUUAAAUUUAAA